AAGAAAGACCGCGGGAGUUUUUAAAGAUGGAGACUGCAUCGGCUGCCGAGAGGAAGGCUAAUGGAUUUUGCAGAUAUUACAUACGUGGAGAAUGCAGGGAGGGUGAUAACUGCAGGUUUUCACAUGACAGCAAAGAUGUCCCUGUUUGCCACUAUUACCAGGAAGGACGCUGCUUAUUUGGAAAAAAUUGUUGGUACAAUCACCCUGAUGAGCAACUUUUCAUGCCUGCUGUUUAUCCAGCCAUAGCUGUUAUUGAAAUGGGUGCCGUUGAAGCAGGAGGCAACCUUAACCUGCUGUUAGCUGCUGCUGUCGCCGGGGUACAAACAGACGAUGAUGACAGCAGCAGUGAUGGUGACCAUGGGCGUGACCCUUUGACAUUAGACGGUGCUAUGGAGCUGUGGAACAGACUUAGAAGAAGACAAGCUCGUGAGCAAUCAAAUGAAGCCGAGCAAAUAGAAGAAGACAGCGAUGCAUCAAGUAACGACUCCAACGCGUCUAUCUGCUUAGAGAAACACAUCCACGAGUUCUUUCACGAAAUCCGAAACCACGACUUGAGUUUAUGGGACAUUGAAACGGUGUAUAAGCUCAUCUCUAAUCUAGCUGAACUGUCUAUCAAAGAAUUUGAUGAGUAUAACAUCGCAUUGAGCUUAAUCUUGGGAGAAACUGUCCGUCAUUGGCGCCCGUCUGCCAGUAAUACUGCAGAAUUGUUCUUAAAGAUAUGUGAGAAGGACGGCGCAGAUCUUUCCAGUUUAAUUCUUACGCUGUGUAACGCGCCAGUUAGAGUCAAAUUUCUGGAGACCCACAUAGCAUGUAUUUUGACGGUCGCGCAAAGGACUUUCACCAAGGAGUGGUCCGCAGAGGCGGUCGGGAAACUUCUUCAAGUUAUCGAAGACAAUGGGUUUAAUAUUGAUGCUACAGAGGUUUUUCAUCGCAUGGGAAAAGAACUAGGGGACCCUGAGUCAUUAGGGAAGCUCGUUCGGGAAUAUCUCCUGGCAACAGGCGAUAAAGAUUCUUUCAAUUGUAGGUGUAAGACGGCUGAAUGUGAAUGUACAGUUACAGUGGACGAAGGACUUGCUUACAUCGUUUUCGCAGGACUGGAAAGGAAGAUGAAUUGGGACGACGAAAAGAAAUUAGCGUUCUUCAGGAGUGCCACAGAUACGUUAUGGGCGCCUGAUGUUUUGAACGAAUUAGGUGAACUUUUCAGUAUAAAGGAUCCCAUGAACGUUUGCCAACCUCGAGUAGACAAACGCCUCAACUGGAAUGCGAAGGAGUUUGUGAAGGCUGAAGAGCGCGCUGCUACAGAGAGACCGUACACGAAACCAAACAACCCAAGAAAAUAUCAGUGCAAAGGAUCAAGAUGCUCCAACCAGCCCAAGAAAGGCUGCGAAUUUGAAAUGUGUGGACGGUGUUGUAAAAAGAUCGCCGAGCCAUGUUCUGUCCACGACGAUGCGUUUAGUGUAUUUGAGCCCCCAGUUUUUGAACGGAAUUUAAGCUUCUACAUGAUUGAACCCAAAGUUUUCUUCAGUUCUAGGGAUGACCUGGAUGAUAUCAGCGGUAUUCCUACACCAUUCCGAAGUAUUACAUUUGGUUCAGAGUUUUCUGUGCGGGAUGAUGACGUCAUAAAAGCCGUGGACCUCUGCAAGGACAAUUUAGUGGUACUAGAGCUUGGAUCCUCAGACACAGGGACUGGCGUAUGGUUGUCAGAUGUGGCCGUGCACCACAUUGCCAGCAACUGUCCCAAUCUACGCAAACUCCGUUUGGAGUCCGUCACCGGUGCUACCGAUGCCGCGGUCAUUGACGUCAUGUAUAGGUGCCCGCUAAUGGAAGAACUAGAAGUCAGUGGUCAUGACCGCAGUUCGGGUUCCCUGACGGAUGAAUGUAUCAAGCGUUUGUUUGACAUGAGUGUGUUGCCAAACUUGAAGGGAUUGAUCAUCACUGAUCAAAUGCGCGUGCGCCAUGAUGUGGUGUAUCGACUGCGCAGGCGUCGACCCAAGCUGAAAAUCAUCGCUGGCGAUACUGACAGCGACAGCAUGGCGCAUUCUAUGGUGCUUGGAAUGAUGGGGAUGUGUUAUGGGGACGGGCUAUAUUAACAGCAGCGAUGAUAUUCGUUUCCUCAGGGCGGGGGUGUUGAUGCAAUAGCUGCGUCCACGGAUGAACAGAACGAGAUUUCCUAGUAAAUCAAGUUUUUGUCAAGGUCUUGAAUCAGAGAUCCGAAAAAGUGAAAGUUAUCUCCAAAUGCUUUGUUUGAGUUGAAAAGCCCUGGCUUAAUGCAAGCCAAUGAGAUGCAUCAUUGUGUGACGUUUUUUUUUAGUGUAAUCAGUGUUGUUUACCAUGAGUUAUGAUUUUGAGAAUUAUGUUGUUGGAGUGACAAAAUGAUAUUAGUAAUUGAAUGGAAAGAAAACUUCAGAAUUAGUGUUUAUCAUACUGAACCUGUAAAUUAUGAUUAACAAAUACUGGAUAGGUAGUAAGAGUUCAAAUAAUUAUAAAUUUAUUAUUUAAUUAGUAUAUUUGAUAUUAUAUUAGAGUGGUUUAGAUUAAUACUAGGGCUCAAUUUAAGUACAAUAAGUGUGAUUUUGUCAUGGAGAACUUGAAAGGACAUCCACGUUAGGAAUUUUCUCUCCAAAGUAUUUCAAUAGUGUUAUAUGUUUGUGUUCUGGCUGGCCCAGACAAUAAAAUGACCGCUGUAAUCCUUUACUCAUCAGUAUGUAUAUUCUCCAUACUGUUCUCUAUACACUCCUAAGGUCUUGGCAAGGAG